GAAAAAUAGUUAGGAUUGGAAAUGUGUACCUUUCUGUUUCUGAUUUUGCUGGCGUCGUGUGACUCCGAGGAUGUUAAAGUUGUUGCGAGGGCCGGGGAAAACGCAACUCUGCCCUGUUUGGUACCAAAACACCUGCAAGGAACACCUGUUGAAAACCUGAUCGUUACGUGGAGCACACUGGAACAAUCGCAGCUCUGUAGCUCUCGCAAUGCUACUUCUGAAUGUAAAGAGGAUGUCAAAGACAGAGUAAAGAUGGUAAACCUGGACCUUGUUAUUGCAAACGUUUCAUUUUCCGAUCAGAAGUUGUAUUCCUGCACAGUAAAAAGAGGAGACCAUAAGGUUGUAAAUGACGUCAAGCUGUUAGUAGACUAUCGUAUAACCCUUGAACCUGACCAGACAAACAACACAGCUGCAAACACUAGCAGUACCACAACUUCAGACUCAUACUCUAACAAGAGCUACAUUAUUGGAGGAGUAGUAGGAGGAGGAGGAGUAGUAGUAGUCGGAGUAGCCGUAGCCGUAGCCGUAGCCGUAGCUGUAAAAACAAGGAGGUUAAAAAAAACUGUGGAAGACAACAGCGACCCCACUGCCAACGGACAUCUUCUUACUGAGAGGGACGGUCCAUUAGAAAAUAAUCUGCACACUGAAGAAACUCCACUGUGAUAAGAAACUGAUAGAGAUCUGAAGAGUAUGCUGGGGGUAUUUUUUUAAAUAUGUACAUAUUUGUAUUUUUAAUAUUUGACUCGAGUCAGCAGGACUGCCUUUUCAAAGUAUAUUUAUAAAGAAAUAUGAUGGAGAAUGUUGUAAUAAUAUUACUUUUCUCAGUAACAAGGUCAUAUGAGACGUUGUUUUUUAAUGGAAGUAAUAAUACUAGCCACUUUCUGAAAUAAUACUAGCCACUUUCUUGUUACCUUUUCUCUGUUGUACAUUUACAUUAGUGGUCUUUUUUUAUUUAUUUUUUUUUAAUUUCUGAGCAUAAGCAUGACAUGAUCUAUGUUCCGGGUUGUCUCAUGUCAAUAAUAAGCUGUGGGGGCAAUCAAAUCAGUGUUUCUGAGCCUUGUCAUUGAAUAAAGCUAGCCACUAGGAACACAACACUACAUGCUAAGUUUGACGAUACACUUCAAAAACAUCAUACACAGAAAACAUGUGUACCAGUGUGUGAUCUGAGUGACUGUGCGUUUGAAUAUGCUUGCCAAACCUGGUAUCUUCUUCCAGUCUUUACCUGUAAAGCUAUAUAUUUAUAAAAUGUAGACAAUUAUUAGAUUCUAUAUUUAAGGCUGUUAAACUUCUCCAGGAACCAAAGGUCUAUCUGUGCCAAUGUAUUUCUACCUUAUCCGUUGACUGGUCUGUUGCCAUUCCUGAAUUUCAUAUAAUUGUCAUUUAUAUAAGAUGUCUGAUAUGUGUUUCUUGUAAUUGUAUACUUGUGCAAUUUGUAAUUAUGUGCAUGUAUAAAUUAAAGAAAUAAAAACCUGAAGGAUAUUUAUUAAAAAAAUAAUAAUAAAAUAAAAAAA